AACGGCCACCGUGAGUCUCACUGGGGCUAUCGGUUCUCGUUAGGGUUUUGCAGCGGCCCGCCGGUUUUUUUCUCUUUCCGAUCCGAUCUCAAUGACUGCCCAAACGCAAGAAGAACUCCUCGCUGCUCAUCUCGAGCAACAAAAGAUCGACCCCGAUGAACCUGUCGUUGAAGAUGACGAAGAGGAGGAUGAUGAUGAUGAUGAAGAUGAUGACAAAGAUGAUGCUGAAGGGCAAGCAGGUGAUGCUUCUGGAAGAUCAAAGCAGAGUAGAAGCGAGAAAAAAAGUCGAAAGGCUAUGCUGAAGCUUGGUAUGAAGCCAAUACCUGGUGUUAGUCGUGUCACUGUGAAGAAGAGCAAAAAUAUAUUAUUUGUCAUCUCAAAACCAGAUGUUUUCAAGAGCCCAACCUCAGACACCUAUGUCAUUUUUGGAGAGGCCAAAAUUGAGGACCUGAGCUCACAGUUGCAGACUCAGGCUGCGGAGCAGUUCAAGGCCCCUGAUCUGAGCCAUGUGAUCUCAAAACCUGAGCCAUCUGCCGCAGCACACGAUGACGAAGAAGUUGACGAAACUGGGGUGGAGCUGAAAGACAUCGAAUUGGUGAUGACCCAGGCUGGGGUUUCCAGGUCGAAGGCUGUCAAGGCACUCAAAGCAGCUGAUGGUGAUAUUGUCACUGCUAUCAUGGAACUUACCAAUUGAUGUUUGAAAUAUCUAGAAAAUGUUUUUGUCAGAUCCUGUUGGUCAGUUUGUGUUUCCUCGAGGAUAUAUGUGCUGAAGCCCGCUUCAUUUGUUGGCUUGGGUGGUUUUAUGUUUUUAUUUAUAUGCUGUAGUACUAAUGCGCUCUUAUACUGCCUAAUUAUAUUUGUUUGCUUGUGUUUUCUACUA